GCCAUUUUGAGCUGAAAGUCCUAUACAAAGGUGUGUUGUAAACGGGUAGUCAUGAUCAUGUAACGUAGGCCUUUUCAGUGCAACGUCAUUUGCUAACCCCGCUUCUGUAUCGUUUUAGUCUUUGUCUCGUUGGUCAAGAAUCACAGCCAAAGGACAUUUCAAGUUGUAGAUGAUCAGAUAGAGUAUUGCCACAACAUUUAAGCAACCAAAGGUAACAAGCAUAAUAAUCGCAAAUUUAGUCUGUGAAAAAAACAGCCAGUUUAUCAUCAUACUGUAGAACACAAAUUUAUUCAAGUUCUUUAUUAGGAAACACAGAAUAUUCAUAGUCAAUUGUCUGAAGACUCUAGAAAUUUCAGGACCACAUCUCAACAUCCAUCAGUAUCUUAUCUUGGGUGUUUCUUAAAUUAAGAAGUGGAUCAUGUAGAUAUGAACAUACAGAUAGCAUUGGAACAUGUCAACUGAUGUGUGUCUACAGUUCAAUGGCCAGAGACAGUCAUUGACGUCUAUCCUCUGUGAAAUUAAACCUGAUUUAUACACCAUGAAAGAGGGUUUGGAAAUCAUGGAACUUCAUAAAAAGUUUUAUGAUGAAGCCGACUGUCACGGACCUGCGUCUAUGCAUUCUAGUGAACCCAGGACUCUUCCGGACGGAAGGAUUUGCAUGGAGAAAUUGGGAAGUAGAGGCUCUAGUAGUGGAAUGAACAAAGAAACCAAUAGGCUGGCAACGUUUCAGAACUGGCCAGAAAACUCUCCUGUGAAUUAUCAACAUCUUGCAAGGGCAGGGUUUUACUUUACUGGUUUGAGGGAUGUAGUGAAAUGCUUCUUUUGUGGAGGUGAAGUAGAAGGAUGGGAAUAUGGGGACACAGCUAUGGGGGAACAUAAAAAACACUUUCCAACUUGUGAAUUUGUAAAUGGGAGGACUACUAGCAAUAUAUCGUUAUUGGAGUUGAAUGAGAGACCGGAGUUUGAAAGGAAACUGAGCAGUAAGAUUGAACAGUCACAAAGAGAUAUUGAAAGACGAGCAAAGGAAAAAGAAGCAAUGCUAGAAAGAAGUGACCCUAGUGAAAUGAAAAAAGAUUUAGUAAGGCCUAAUUCUGCAAGCAGUAGUUUUUCAGCAAUGAGUGAACAAAUGGAAGAGGAGGAAGAAUCACCAGCUACAUUGUUUGGAAAAUACAACCAGGAACAUGUUCGUUUGCAGUCAUUUAAAAAUUGGCCUAGGACGAGUCCCAUAGAGCCAAGAGAUUUAGCCAAGGCUGGAUUUUACUAUGUUGGGCAGGAUGAUUCUGUUCAAUGUUUUGCUUGUUUUGGUCAAAUAAGUAGAUGGAAACCAUGUGAUGUACCUGCAGUAGAACACAAAACACAUUUCCCAAACUGCCCUUUUGUGCAAGGUUUGGAUGUAGGGAAUUUACCUAUUUCAACUCCACCAGUGAUGCAUGUGGGUAUGGCGCCGCCAAUCCGUAGUUACUCGACGCCUGGACCCAGUCCAGAUCAGUUAAGAGCUGGUCAAUUUCUGCAGCAGCAAAGGAACCUUAGGGCGUCUAAGGAACCAUUGAAUAAUUGCAAACAUCCUAAUUUUGUGCAGGAAGCUGCAAGGUUAGGAACCUUUAGGAAUUGGCCAGGAAAGCUUGGCUAUCAUCAUGUGACUCCACGUGUUCUUGCCAAGGCUGGGUUCUAUUACACAGGAUUAGUUGAUGAGUGUAAAUGCUUCUACUGUGAUGGAGGGCUCAAGAACUGGGAACCCACAGAUGAACCAUGGACGGAACAUGCCAAAUGGUUUCCAAGAUGUGAAUGGCUUAUUCAACAACGAGGGCAGGCUUUUAUUACUCACGUGCAGCAGGUCAACCCUCCACCUAUCAGCUCAGGCUAUAAAACUACAACCCAAGUCAAGAAUGAGCCGGAUUAUGCUGAGACAGAUCAUCAUUAUUAUGUUCAGCCUCUAUCGUUCCAUGAUCCUCCUAUUGGAAGAGAAGAGCCAUACUCUCAAGUCCAACCACCACACAGCUUUCAAACUUCAUACCAAGAAAGACAACCUCUACCCUCUCCACCCUUGACCAGGUCAAACAAAGAGAUGACCAUUGAGGAAGAGAAAGAAGCAGCUUUGAGGGAAUAUGAAUCCAGGCACAGAGAACCAGAAGCUGCAGCUGAAUUCAAUUUCAGACCGAAGACAAAGAAGCUUGAGGAAGCAGAACCAUCUGAUUUGAAAUCAAAGCUUGCAGAUGAGAUGAGUAAUACUGCUUCGUCCAUUGAUAAUUUUAUGGAGAGCCCUACAGCUCAGAUGGCUGUUGAGAUGGGUUACCACAAUGAUCUGAUCCGCUAUGUCGUAACCAAACACUUCAAGAAGACUGGAAAGCAAUUCUCAUCAGCUGAUGAUCUUCUUGAAUCAAUCUGGGAAGCACAAGGUCAAGGGAUUGAUCCUACUCUAUCUGUAGGCAAGGCUGUAGGAGGUCAGGAUGUAGAUUACCUUAGGAAACCACCCAAGGAGCUAGAGAGUGCCGCAGCAAGGCCAUCAAGCAUUGUCGAAAUUCAGGCAUUGAAACUUGCUGGAUUGAGCAUCCAUGAUGAUGAUGAGCCACCUCCAAGAAGAAACCCAUCUCCUAAAACUGUUGCACCGGCUACUCAUAUUGGGAGCCUGAAACCACAAACUUCUGUAUCCAGUUCUGAGUCGAGUGUUCUUGAUAAGCAGCUUUGCAAGAUCUGUUUGGAUAAUGAACUCAGUACUGUAUUCCUGCCAUGUAAACAUCUUGCUACAUGUAGUGAGUGUGCAGCAAGGGUUACUGAGUGCCCUAUGUGUAGACAACCAAUCAUUGAUUCAUUAACAGUUUACAUGCCAUGAACGUAACGCAUCAUCACAAAAUGUACACUACUAUUUCAAAGAGAAUUGUGUGUAUAGACUUUCAUUUUAUUUAUUGAUUUGGUCAUUUUUUUUUUUUUUACAAAUCUUGCAAGUAAUGAACAAUUUACAUGUAUCAUAUCAGUUAUAACACAUAAUGUUUAUAUAACAAAAAGAUUGAAGGAAAAAUAAUUCACUGUACACUUCUUUGUUUUUCCUAUUAUUAUCUUUUUUUUAUUGUAUUGUACCCGCCAACAAAGUUUGAAGGGGGUAUGUAUAGGAAUCAGCGUAUGGUCGGUCAGUCCGUUGCAAAUCUUGUGCAUCGAACUACUUUAACUCGGUUUCUAACUGAUAAUCAUGAAAUUGAUGAUUGGUAUUGAUGUAAAGAUGUGCAAGACAUAUUUUGUGUGUGUCAGAAAUCAUGCAGCCAUGGUAACUGCAUAUUAUAUGACAAAAAUUAGUUUAAAAAUUUCAGCUUCAAUUACUUCAUUAUAUACUUCAUUAUAGGCCCCAAAUUAGGUAAAAAUCUAUUGGUUCGAACCACUUGAUUAGUUUUCAACCAAGUCUCAUGAAAUUUGGCUCACACCAUGGCAUCUAGGUAAAGAUGUGCAGGACGGAAAUCGUUUUGGUAACAAUACUUCAUCAGUAAUUCUCAUAUUUUGCUCACACAUACGUCUGUAGGUAAAGUUGGGCAAGACAUAUUUUUCCUUGUGUUGGAAACUGUUGCCAUGGUAACGGCGUAGGGUGGGGUAAUAAUGACAUUCAGUGAUAGCUCUAGUUAUCUACAUGUAUUUACAGUGUACAACA